AUGAAGGAGAUGCUCGGAGGGUGCUGUGUGUGUUCUGACGAGAGGGGUUGGACAGAGAAUCCGCUGGUGUAUUGCGAUGGACAGGGCUGCACUGUUGCUGUGCAUCAAGCAUGCUAUGGCAUCGUUACUGUACCAAUUGGACCAUGGUAUUGCAGAAAAUGCGAGUCACAGGAACGCAGUGCUCGAGUGCGCUGUGAAUUAUGUCCGAGUCGGGAUGGAGCUCUCAAAAGGACAAAUCAGGCAGGAUGGGCGCAUGUCGUGUGUGCUCUCUAUAUUCCUGAAGUCAGAUUCGGUAACGUGACUACAAUGGAACCAAUUAUAUUGGAGCUCAUUCCUUCAGAAAGAUUUAGCAAGACAUGUUACAUCUGUGAGGAACAAGGCAAAGGUAGCAGAGCAAACGUGGGAGCUUGCAUGCAGUGUAACAAAGCAGGCUGCAGGCAGCAAUUUCAUGUCACCUGUGCACAGGCUUUGGGCUUGCUUUGCGAGGAAGCUGGCAACUAUCUCGACAAUGUCAAAUAUUGUGGCUACUGCCAGCAUCACUAUUCGAAAUUGAAAAAAGGCGGUAAUGUGAAAACGAUACCGCCGUACAAACCGAUAUCCGCUGACAACGGUUCGUCGGACUCGUCGCCGGAAAAAGAGGCGGAGAUGCCGAUAAAAUCGAGCGGCAAGCGGAAAAGCUCGAGUUCCAAGUCCAGUGCGAAUUCUAAAAGUAAAUCUAAUACUAGUCCCAGUUUAGAGAUAAACGGAAUCGCGGACGACAAGAGCGGUAGUAGUGGUCGCAAUACGCCCAAAGAUAAUUCCAGCACAAGUUCCAGCAAAUUCACGACCUCCAACUUUGUUGAGACCGUGGUUACACAGUCGGAGAGCGUGUUCGGACACGAUGGCAACAGCGGCACGAUCACCACCGUCACCACGACAGCGACCACUUCCGCAAUAAAGAUGAACGCUGGCAAUUCUAACGCGGCGCACAAGAAUAUUGGGGGCCAGGGAAAGUCUAACUCGUCGACUUCCAACAAGGCGUCGAGUCACGCCACCAAGAAAAGGAAAACCGGGGCGCGUACGCCGACUGUAGGGAACGAUAACUCGAAUCAAUCGGCCAGCUCGGAAGCCAGCGGAUCGGUCGUGAUGGCGAUCAGUUCCAUAGUGCAACAAACCAUUCCGAGCAACAACGUGCAGCCAACAAUUACUGAAGCCACUAGUUUAAGCGUAACGACGGAACCGGAAAAGUCGAAAAAGAUGAAAAUCGACAGCCCGAUUCAGUCGUUGUCGAGCACGCCGGUAGCCACGGAGGCAACCACCAUGCCUGUGAUAAUGGCGGUAACGCAGUCCCAGUCCUCGAUCGUUACCCAGUCACCGACGACUACGUCUAACAGUAUCGUCGUGUCCGUACCGUUGAUUUCUACUUCGCUCGCCAGUGCGGUUCAGAGCGUGGUAACAAGCGCACCGACAAUGUACCAACAGAUACAGCAAAGUAUAAUAACCACGGCCGCCAAUACCGAACCGCGAUCGAGUACGAUGCCGAACAUCGAGAGGUUCACCUCAGAGAACAUGCCGAUAAAACGAGCUCGUUCCCAGUCGUCGGACAAACAAGAGAAGCCUCGCAAACCGAAGCGUGGCUCCAAUAACCAAUUAUCACUGCCGCAGUCCCAAACGACAGCCUCAUCAAUCGUAACCUCUGUCUCCAGCACCGCGGUCGUGACAACGACCAAAAGAGGCGCGAGAAACAAUCAUCAGACUCCUCCGCCUGCCGCCACGGUGGCCCCAAUACCGUCAAUUAUUCAGGGCCCUGCAUUGGCUACUGUCGGACACUUCAGUAGCAUCAGUGGCCCAGGUUCUGUGAACAUUAUGGGGCCUACUGUCAAGGAAUCACCUCCCAGUAGUCCUGGAUCAGAAAGCAUGAGUAGUACCACGAGCAAACGAAAGAGGAAAACUGCCGCAUCCACUCCCAUUCCGUCUGCAUCAACUACACCAACCGCUCUUAUCAAUAUCCCGAUAAAGGAGGAGAAUAACGUGAAAUUAUUUCAAAAUGGAGUUAGUGCACCACAUAUGCUAGGGAAUCAGUUGAAUCCUACUUCAACGAUGGCACAAAAGAUGUCGGACACGCUUUCCCAGGAGCUUGAGGCUCAUUCUAUUUUUACAGAGGCGAGUAACUCCAAUACAAACUUGAUUGGACCGCAGCUGCACAGUCGAGUAAUUGCAUCUAUACGAUCUGGCCAAACGAGUGCACCCUCCACUUCAUUCUCUACAGUUUUCUCCUCGAGUAGCAACACUGCGGGUCUUAAUACAGCCUCUACCAGUGGUACUUUGGGUAGCGGAACGAUCCCGCAAACAUUGGAUCAGCUCCUGGAAAGACAGUGGGAACAGGGAAGUCAAUUCUUAAUGGAGCAAGCCCAACAUUUCGAUAUUGCAUCCCUGCUUUCCUGCCUACAUCAAUUGAGAGCUGAGAACCUUAGGCUAGAGGAACAUGUAAAUAAUCUCCUGCAAAGGAGAGACCAUUUAUUGGCUGUGAAUGCUAGACUUGCUAUUCCGUUGACAACUCAACCUAGUUCACAUCCAGUGAAUAAUAUACACCCGACGGUGAAUCCGUCUCACCCUAAUGUCUCGCACUCAGAAGUGCCACCUGGCGCUCCUGCACCAGUACCUAGAGUGAGCCGUGAACCACGAAUAAAUAACGCGUACAUGCCUCACUCUAGUUCCGGUAGUCAUCCAACGACAUUAGAGAACGGUUUGCCACCGGAUCCUUCCCCGCCUGCAGCUGCUUCUCUCGCUCAGUAUCACCGAGGAUCACUGGUUGCGCCUCAACCAAGUCCAUCAAUGAGGCACAGUCCGGCUGGAGCUGGAUAUCUUCAGGGUCAACCUAGUAACAUAGUAUCUCCAGCUCCAGCGAACGCUUCCAGCGUGGUACGAAAUUCGUCUGUCACGCCAGAUCCACUGCGUGGUGUACCAAGGUCGGUGUCACAAUCGUCGAGUAGUUAUAUGCCGUCGAUGUAUCAGCCCACCAUGUCCAGUCUCACCAGCAAUCAAGUAGGCGGAGUUCAUAAUCUUCAUUCACAUGGACCUUCGCCGACUAGCCACGGGCCACCGGGCAAGCCAAGCUGAAGGUAGAUUCAAACUUGACGUGGUAGCUGUGGGUCUUAAUUAUUAAAACGAGAUUUGUUGGUACAUACAUACGUUAUCCAGCAUCAAAGGACCCAAUCUCACCACAAGAGAGACCUAACUGCGCUUCUUCGCAAGAUAUUAUCGAUACAUUUUUC